AUGCCCCCCUCCCGACAGGGGGGGCGGCUUUGCCUAGGGGCCAGCCGGACGACCCGGGACACUCUAGUCCGGCCCUCGCCUUACCGGAGGACGCGGGGCCUCCGGAGAAGGCUCCUUCUCCCUCCGCUGGUAGCACCACAUCCUCUGCACACGGGGAAGGGGCUCAAGAACACGCCGCAUCUGCUGCUCACGGGACAGGGGCUCCAGUGCACGCCACAUCUUCUGCUCACGGGACAGGGGUUCCAGCGCACGCUGCAUCUUCUCCUCUCGCGGAGUCUCAGCUGCCGACCCUCCUCAGCGGCUAUGGAGUCAGGCUUGGCGGGGGAUGCUUCCUUCACCAUGGCAGACCAGCCGCUGCGCAGCGGCGAGACGGAUGCAGUAACGCCGCGGCUGGACGGACCCACCGGGCGCGCUUCGGGGGAGGAUUCUGCGUCCUCCUCGUCGCCUUCGCAGGCUUCCACGCUCCCGGUUCAUCCGCGCGAAAUGUUUGAGGCCCUUAACGCGGCGAUGAAGGCUUCUUCGGGGCCCCCGUACCUUGAUGUCUGGCGCCAGACCAUCCAGGGGUUAUUUGCGCUGGAAUUUGCCCGCCUUCCAGUCAGCUUCGACGCGUUGCCGGCCGAACGCAAACGGUAUCCCAAGCUCACAAGUACUGAGCUGGUGAGUUUGCUGGAUUUAUUUCCGCAGUGUUUUGUUGUGACAUCCGGCCGCUACGUCGACUGGACCCGUUUAGCCCACCAGAUCAGUAAGGAGAUCCUCGUCACGAAGUGUGCUUUUAAAGAAAUCUUGCGCAAGCUGACCAGCCGACAGAAAUGGGCUGUGGCUCCAAUCCCGCGGCUGUGGUCUCAAGUCGUGCAGACAGGCAGUGCUGCUGCACCUGCCAGUACGACAGGCAAGCAGCGUCCCGUGUUCGAUGACUUUAUGUUUGAUCCGGCAAAUUUUUCGGUGGAAGAGACGACCACGCUCCGAGCCAUUUGCGCAACGCGCCUUAACUUGACAGGUACUCACCGUCUACGCGAGGGUACAGAUGAUGAAUGGAGCAUCAUCAUUGGGAUUGCGGAAGGGCAUAUUGCCUGUAGUCGGCUGCCUGAUUUUCUUAAUUCUGUCUUCGACAGCGACGAGCGGCUUCGGUUGUGUCGGACUGUUCAGGCGCAGGUCGAGGGACAGUUGAUAUUAAAAUUUAGACAUGGUCGUGAUAUCCCAAUUGGACGCCGAACGACACACGCUAUUACGGAGAAGAUUUUGAAAUCGGCGGAAAUCUUGCGGGUCUGCUUGCCGGAUCUUCACCGUUUCCUCGGGUUGGCCAAGACGAUAAGCUACAAUCGUUCUACCCGGUCAAUCCACUUCUAUUUCUUUACGCGAGCCAUUGCCAAGGCGCACCAGGAUUUCGUAGUGCCUUUUCAGGGGAGGGCGUACACGCUCGAGAAUGUUCAUCACCCGGUCAGGGGCUCGGUCUGGUUGAAUCAGCAGGGACCAGACGGGCGGUCGAGCCACCCUCGGGCAGCAUACACCAUUUUGCUGUAUAUUCUCACCCGGUUUGAUGAUAUUGCUGCCUACCUCCGCUCCAAGAUACCAACGGAUUUUGAGCUGGAGGACAUGGAUACCUGUACCCCGAACUCACGUACGUCCACUGCCUGGAAAGUCACCUUUCAUCUGGCGGGUUGCCCGAACUUUCUCCAAGGAAUAGUCAGACUGCUUUGGUUUGGGACCCCCAUUAUCGUCCGGCAUCCGGACGUGGGCCGUCGCCUCCAAUGUUUGCAAUGUGGUACGCUAGGCCACCCGGCGUCGAGGUGUCAGUUCACCGAUGCGCAGUUGCGGGGGUCGGGCGGGCUGGAGGUCCACGAAGCCGAGCUUUUAUCUGUUGAAGAUCUGGCCAAACCUUUUAGUAACCCCGAUGAAAUGCGUCAAAUGGCGCAGCGACAACUGCUUGUGCAGCAAUCAGCCGAUGCAGCGGCACAAGCUGCGGUGACUCCGGCGGUGUACACUACUCAUGUCGCGCACGCGGUCCCGCCGCCUCCGGCCCCAAAACCCCGGCCCGAACAGCCAUGGAUGGGACGCCCCCUUCGAGGGGGUUGUCGGCCUUGGCCCCCAGUUCAGCCUUCCCCGCCUCAGCUGAACGUCAGCAGCGGGAGUUAUCACGUUCUCCAGGAGGAUGAUCGGGCAGAGGAGAGUCCGUCUUCCCCAUUUGAAGGCAGUGUCGCCUCUGCACCUCCGCAGCCGGGGACUGGAGGCUACCCGACUCCUGCUUUUUCGGCACGGCUGUCCCAAUCUCGGCUUCUGCCGGAGGAUCAGGCCCGGAAACAAGCAGCCGGUAUCCGGGGCCCGGCGGUAGUUAUUGCGGGUCCGGCUCUCCUGAAACAGCAGCGACGGGAACGUCUGACUAGCGAAAAGCUUUUAAAGCUGCUGCCGGAUCGGCAAUAUCACUCGAUACCCAUGGAUCCUAAUCCGCCAGCGGAGCCCAUCCACAUGGGCGAGCUUGUAAGCAUUCUGGGACUUCGGGAAAUUAACACCCCAGCGAACGGCAAUUGUUUGGCGAUAGCUCUUGCUCAAGCGGUGGCGGAGUCUGCCUUGACCGCCCCUACCAAGGACCAGGAGCUUCUCAUGGCAUGCAUCAAACGAGGUAUCACGUGUACAGGACUCUUUAACUUGGAGGAUCAGCUCCCUCACGACUUGCGGGUGCAGACACUUAAGAAUGUGGGCCGUGGGUGGGCGUCGAUGACGCGCACAGAGUCGGCUUCUCAAUCCCGCUGGUUUUUGACGGACUUUGCGGCCGCCCCAUCGGGGCGAACUUCGCAUAUGCCUACGGACUGUUGGGGGGGGCAGUGA